AUGUGUAUCGAAGAUAACAGAAACAGAUGGAGAGGACGAUGUGAAGGCAUGCGUAUGUACAUGCCUGUAACACCAGCAAUGGAUGCAGCUAUUUGUGAAGAAUUUGUAGUCGAUUGGAAAUCACGUUUAGCAACAAUUCUUGAACAAUACAACCCUAGAGAUGUUUACAACUGUGAUAAAACGGGUCUUUACUACAAACUGAUGCCCGAUCGAUUACUUGUUGUCAACAAAGACGACAGUAUCGGCGGAUUGGAUUUGAUGAUGCAAAAGCAAAAGCAUAAAACAUUGCUCUUUAUGGAUAAUGUACCAGUUCAUCCAGUUGAUAUUAAACUGAAAAAUACUACUCUCAAGUUCUUCCCGGCAAAUACAACAGCUGUCAUCCAGCCAAUGAACCAAGGAGCUAUUAGGACCUUCAAAGCUUAUUAUCGGCAGCAACUCAUACAACAAAUCACUAUCAAACUCUACUGCAAAGUUGAAUUUAUGACUUCCUCUACUUCCACAGAUCCACAACCACCGAACUCGACAUCCUUAGCCGACGAAGUCAUUUUUGCUCAAGUGCAGGAGUCUUUAAAAGAUCUUGAUAGCGCACUUCGACAUGUAUCCAUUUUUGGCACUAGUAUCUUGACUUACAUAUUCUUUUUUUCAAUACUUCAAGAUGUCGAUGUUGAUCUACCUACAUUUAAUGAAUGGAAUGAUGAUAGCGAAAAACUGUUAUCUAUCCAUGUGAUUGGAAAUGAAGAUUCACCACAAAAUGAAGAUUUCGAAAUGGAAUUAUUAACAACUGCUCGUUAUCCAGAACUCCAUUCACUAUUGUCUCAAUUUCAAUCGAAAUUAAUCGAUAUUUAUCUGGAUUCCAAUAACGUUAAACAGAAAUCUAUUCUGGAUUGUUUCCAAAGUGACGGAUUAAAAACCAAAAACUUUCUUUAA